GCCACCCCAGCGCGCCCGGAGCGGACGGAGGAGCGCGGCACCAUGAGCGAGAGACAAGGCACUGGAGCCACCAACGGGAAAGACAAGACAUCGGGCGAAAACGAUGGGCAGAAGAAAGUUCAAGAAGAAUUCGACAUUGACAUGGACGCUCCAGAGACAGAACGUGCGGCGGUGGCCAUUCAGUCUCAGUUCAGAAAGUUCCAGAAGAAAAAGGCUGGUUCCCAGUCCUAGUGGGAGUGCCCCUUCCUCGUCUGCCAGAAGACACCGACUCCAGCCAUCAUCUGUCUAGAAUUAUAACAACACCCUAGAGAGAAAUCAUCCGACACACAUAAACACACACACAUGCACACAUGCACACACACACCCUCUCCCACAAUGCAUGCACGGACACCGUGAUAUUUAUGCCCUUUUAGGAAGGUAUAGCUGAUGCAAUUGUGAGUGAUUUAACCUGUUUAUCUCUGGUAUCAUUCCUCCUGCAACUAUUUUCCUUGGUGUUGUAAUAAAACAGAGUUGAGAU